AUGGCAGCUUCCUCUGUCACGGUCCGCAGCGGAGGGCGCCUGCUGGCAACAGCGCGCGCUGUGCGGAGCGGCAGGCCCCGCACACUGCUGGCAGCCCACUGCCCUGGCAGUGAUGCCAAUCUCGGGGAUCAGCGGAGAGCCAUUUCACGUGCCGCAUACACGGAGAUGCACCGACGCUCCGUAGAGGAUCGCGAGAAAUUCUGGGCCGAGGCGGCUGCGGAUAUCGUGUGGUCGAAGCCUUACGAAAAGGUGCUCGAGAAAUUGGAGGAGCCUUUCUACCGGUGGUUUCCUGGCGGCGAGCUGAACGUAUGUUACAAUGCCGUGGAUAGACAUGUUGACGAGGGGAAUGGCAGCAGGACGGCUCUCAUAUAUGAUUCUCCUUUGACUGGCCAACUACGCACAUUUAGCUACACGCAGCUGCAACAUGAGAUUGCAAAGCUGGCAGGCAUGCUCAAACAUCAGGGCGUUGAGAAGGGUGAUACCGUUGUCAUCUACAUGCCUAUGAUACCAGAGGCCGUCUUCGCCAUGCUCGCGUGCGCGCGUUUGGGAGCCCCGCAUUCGGUCGUCUUCGGUGGCUUUGGGGCUCAGGAGCUUGCGGUCCGCAUCGACGAUGCCAAGCCCAAGGUUGUGCUUGCUGCCUCCUGUGGCGUGGAGCCCAACCGAAUUGUUCCUUACAAGCCCAUGCUCGACGGCGCGCUUGCCACUGCAAAGCACCAGCCAGCCCACUGCAUAGUGAAGCAGCGGCCGGAGCUUUGUGCAGAGAUGGGUCCAAGAGAUUUGGAUUGGGAUGCGGCUGUCUCAGCAGCCACGCCUUGCAGGGAGUGCGUGCCAGUCGGUUCCAACGACCCUUUGUACAUUUUGUACACCUCUGGGACUACGGGGACGCCUAAAGGGGUGGUCCGUGACACUGCGGGCUACGCUGUGUCGCUCAAGUGGUCGAUGGGAGCAUUCAUGAACACGUUCCCUGGCGAGACUUAUUGGGCUGCAUCGGACAUUGGUUGGGUCGUAGGCCACUCCUACAUUGUAUACGCUCCACUUUUGCAGGGCUGCGCCACUGUUCUUUAUGAAGGGAAGCCAGUGGGCACGCCAGAUGCAGGAGCCUUUUGGCGCGUGAUUCAGCAGCACAAGGUCCGAGGAUUCUUCGUUGCCCCAACAGGGCUCCGCGCGGUGCGUAAAGAGGAUCCCCAUCUUGAGUUCAUCCGCAAAUAUGACAUCUCGACGCUCCGCACCCUGUUCGUGGCUGGGGAGCGGUGUGACCCCGAGACGAGCAAAACAUUUGCCAAAGCGCUCGGCGUACCAGUUUUCGAUAACUGGUGGCAGACCGAAACAGGAUCGCCGAUUUGUGGUUUCCAAGAUGAUGCGAUAGGUCGCAAGGAUGGCAGCACGAGCCUCCCAAUGCCCGGCUACGAGAUUUGUGUUAUGGGCGCAGACGGCCAGCCAAUCUCCAAAGUUGAUGUGCCAGGUCCGUUGGCCGCCAAGUUGCCGUUGCCACCAGGCACAUUUCCCACUCUGUGGAACAACGAUGCAGGCUAUGUAAAGGCCUACAUGGAGACCUACAAGGGAUAUUACUCCACAGGAGACGCAGGCGUUUUGGAUGCAGACGGGUACGUCACAGUGCUGGAACGCACCGACGACGUUAUCAACGUGGCAGCUCACAGGAUUUCGUGUGGCUCCCUCGAGGCCUCCGUCAAGGCGCAUCCAGACGUGAACGAUUGUGCUGCCGUGGGGGCCUCGUGCCCCGUCAAGGGACAGGUGCCACUCGUCCUCGUGGUGCUGAUGGACGGCGUGUCGCGCACACACGCCGAAGUGGCACAGGAUCUUGUACAGAAGGUGCGGCAGGACGUGGGACCCAUCGCCACACCGGCAGCCGUCGGCGUCGUCGACCAGCUGCCCAAGACGCGCUCCGGCAAGGUGCUGCGGAAGAAUAUCCGGGGCCUCGCCGACGGCAAGCCCGUGCCAGUGCCUGGCACCAUCGAGAACCCCGCUGCAGUUGACAUGGUCGCUGCCAAGCUCGCUGAUUUGGGAUUCCCUUUAGCAUGA